UUCAACGAAGUACCGAAAUCCAGUAAACCGUGUCAUAAAUUCAUUCGCAAUUAUUUGUUUUUUACACUCAUUUUAGAAGAUAAAAUAUUUCUGUUUGCACAUUUUUUCUUCUUAUACUUAUUUCGAGAAAAAAAAUUCGAAAUAAACGAUAAAUACGUUUAUAAGAAAAUACAGAACUUUGUGAAAAAAAAUGUUCGCGAUCACUUUUAUCCUUGAAUAAUUUUUACCCAGUUCUCUUUAGAUGAGCAUUUGUUUUACACGUUUGUAACGGUAUAAUACAGAUUGAAAUCGAACGUAAUAGACAAUGGCACGACCAAUUGCUUAUUUAAGUCGAAAAGAGACAAUAUCUAGUUGUCACCGAUUACACAGUAACAAUUUGACCGAGGAACAAAACCAAAAUAUAUACGGAAAAUGUAACAACUAUUGGGGACAUGGUCACAAUUAUACAAUCGAAGUUACUGUACGUGGACCUGUAGAUUCAGUAACAGGCAUGGUUAUGAACUUAUCAGAUUUAAAAUUAUACAUGAAAAAGGUACUGAUGGAUCAAUUGGACCAUAAAAAUUUGGACAAGGAUGUACCUUAUUUCAAGAGUGUUGUUUCGACCACUGAAAAUCUAGCUAUCUAUAUUUUUAACGAAUUAAAGAAAAUUAUGCCUGAUCCAGAUAUUCUGUAUGAGGUCAAGAUCCAUGAAACUGAUAAGAAUAUUGUUGUUUACAGAGGAGAGAAAGAAACAUAAUUUUGUGAGAAUUACAAAGCACAAAAUGACAGAAUGUUGCUCAUUAUUUUUAUAAACAAGUAUACUUUAAGUCCCGAUCUAAUAAUGGUUAUUACAUACAAAUACAAUAGUAUGUACAUAAACAUAUUGUUAUAAGAAUUUUUCAAAUUUUUUUUUAUUCAAAAGACAACUCUUUAAUUGUCAAAUGAGAUAUAUU